UUAUUUUUUGUUCGUGUUUUCUUCGUUGGUCAUCGUCUGUCAAUGGGUACCGACUGACUGAUCAACUUAUUUAUUAUUUAUAGCCAUAUUAAAGAUGAGGUGACGUGGAUAUUAAUAAAUAAUUAAACACUUAUGCAUUCCAAUGAAUAAAGAUUCAAACUAACAAAAAACACUAGAAUGCCCAGCCAUUCGGUAAAGUUGGGUUCAGUUUUAUCUUUUUGUGUCAUUCUUUAUGCGAUUUACUAUCGUAAAAGUGACGUCGGAGAUCAGCGACUGCUGCCGGUAAAAGACCAUCUGUUAGAUUUAGAGAGUCGUAAUCAAGUUGGUAUUGGAAUUCGACAGCCAAAAGUGGCCCUCGGUUAUGGGGCAUGCCAUGACCUAUUUGUUAACGCCACACUAUUACUAGACUACAAAGAUCUAAGAGGGAGCCCAGAACAUUUUAAUGAAAUCGCUAAUAAGGAAGAAUUUAUAAAAAGUUUUUCAUAUUUUUUUAAACAUGGAGCAGCAGCAGAGAGAUUCAUGUCCAAUUCAAAACUAUAUGAUAAUCUAAUAGAAGAAGCCUUGAAACUACCAGAUACUAGAUGGGCCUUAGGAGGCAAUGCCCCUCUCAUGGCCAGAAGAUUUUUUAAAGAAGGAUGGAAGGUAUUAUUUGCUGCAAAGAUGAGUGAAAAGCUCAAAUCAUACAUUCCAGAUGGUAUUGAAAUAGUUGGUGACUCAGAGGGUGAAGAAGUGAAAGAUGACAUUCACAUGAUAUUAGAGUACAAAGCUGAUGAGAAGUUUGGAGUUUACUCAGCUCCUAGAGCGAACAGAUACAUCCUGCAUAAUGAUGAAAAUAACCCAUUACUAAGUUCCUUGGAGAAAUUUGGUGAACAAUUACCUAAAUUUAGUCCUAAUUUACUAGUCAUUAGUGGUUUACAAAUGAUGGAUAAUUACCCAUUUAAGAAAGAUGAUGUUAUAGAUUUGAGGGCUGAAAGACUUACAUUGGUUAAGGAACAAAUAUUAUCUCAGCCUCUGACGACCCUUGCACACUUUGAGAUGGCCAGCUAUGUGGAUUUAGAUCUGCUGCAACACCUCACUACAAAAAUUUUGCCACAUGUAGAUUCUGUAGGGAUGAAUGAGCAAGAACUUGACAAUUUAUGCAAUGUUUUAGAACAUGGCAAAGUAAGUGUGGUAGCAGAUUCCAAUCCCAGGGUAGCUACCGCUUUGGAUCAAAUGCGCAAAAUCUUUCACCUUGUUAGACAGAAGAACAAAGAGCAUGGCAGCAGCAGAAAGUUGACUCGCAUCCAUGUUCACACAUUAGCAUAUCAAGCUAUACUCACUGUGAAAAACUCCCAGUGGAAGAGGACUGAAGCAGCCGCUGCAAAAGCCUCUUUGACGGCCCAUAGAUAUGUUUGUGACAGCCAAAAUGUUGAAAUAGAGAAAACUAAGCUAUUGCUUGAUGACAGUUUUUCAACUACUACAGAUAAUAAUAACAUUAGUAGAGUAUUUUUUGAGCCAACUAAACCAGUGUCUUGUUGGGAUGAAGUUAUUGAUGAGGUAAAUGUAGACUUGUGUGUGGCUCCGGUGUUAAUUUGCACAGAAGCACAGUUGACUGCAGGGGCAGGAGAUAACAUCUCUGCUGCAGGAUUAGUGUUACAAGUGGAGAAAUGAAGCAAUACUUGUGACAGUUUUUAUAUUUCGAUCAAUUUAUAUAAUAUAAAUAAAUGAUUUCACUUUAUGAUAAUGUAAUGGUAAUUCAAUAAUAAAUCAUAAUAGAAAUUGCAGCUUACAAUAAUGUGCCAUUUAAUUUAUUCAGUAUUUUUAGCUUUGUUUUGUUACCUUAUAACUAUUGCUAUAAAAGUUGGAUCUUAUGUAUAUUUCACCAGAAAAUAACAAGAACCGCAAGUUUAUAAAAUUUUCUAGUAUGUUAGAGAUUAAUUGAAUUAUUUUACUUCCACGUUUCCAUAAAUUGAUAACCUUACGGAACUUGCGCGCAAAAUCAUAAGCUAUAUAAUAGCGAAACAACAUGAUGUUGAAUAAGUGACAUGUUCCUUCUCUUUCCUCUUCUCCGCGAUUGAUCACUAUGGAGCAUAAACAAAUCAAUUGCUUGUGUUUUGUUAUUAAUGUUGCUAAUGUUUUGAAACUUUAAAACUAUUUAAUUUGUUAAGUUUACUAAAGUAGAGUCUAAGACUCAAAGUAGACCCUUAAUGAGCGACAUAACUACCACUGUCAAAAUAGAACAAUCAGGGCUGUGUGUCAUUUGCCAUAUUUAAAAGAAACUUAAAAUUAUAAGUUCAUCUGUAAUUGGUUGAACUGUUUAGUAUCUUACAAAUAGAAUUUUAUAAAUUUACCAUUAGUUGACAAAUUUGUAAAAAUGUGGAGAUAAGAUAAUACUAUUCAUCUCUCUUUUAUUUUAUGGACAAUUAUUUAUUUAAUUCAUAUUUCAUGCACUAAUCUUCAUUCCACUGAUCAAAGUUAUCUAAACAAUUUUUUGUCUUAUGGUAAACUAGCAUUUUUUAUGUGCAUUUGUUAUUACUUUAACGGAAGGAAGUUAAACCUACUUAUUUUUUGACUUAUUGAUAUUAUUGGUGGCGGUAUUUGUGGUGUGAACAUAUUUACUGUUGAGGCUCUUUACAUUCCUAUGUAAUUGUUUUAUUAUUUAUGAUCUGAAGUGUUGUUGAAUAGAUUUCAAUAAAAUAAUCAAUUAAU